AUGUCUACAGAAAAGGUCUACCGGUCCGUACCCUAUGAGGAGGAGGAAGUCGAGAGUCUCGCCGGAAGCCUCAACACGGAAAGCACGGAAAACGUAGAGACCGCCACAGGAAACCAACCGACAUGGAGGCGGAUGAGGCUCGGCGAUGAGCACCCGUGCAAAGAAAAGGCGCGCCGGCUCCUGCGGCAUUGGCCUUGGGCUCUUCACGCCGUGCUUUUGACGACGUCUGUCACCCUCUUUGCUGCGUCAUUCUGCUUGCGCUAUGGCGACACCAACAAGGACGAUACCUGGGUGACGGAGAAGUACUCAUCAUGGUCCCCUGCUGCAGGAAUCAUCAAGUACCACACCGAGAGAUAUAACUUGACGCCCAUCAUGGACUGGUCGCCAUUCGUUGGUGCCGGAUACGAGAUUGACCGGGCGUGGGAUCACAUCACAAACAACAUUGGCGACCAGAUGAUCUCGCGCGCCGAGCUCGAUAAGCUCGGUCUCGAUCCAAAGUCAAUCAAGACGACGAACGCCGUCACGGGCGAGGAGGGUUACCGCGUCGGCCUCGAGGUUUUCCACCAGCUCCACUGCCUCAACCUACUUCGGCAAGCCACUUACCCCGAGUACUACUCAAGAAAAGAGAUUGGCGGCGAUGUGGCCGUUGAUCACAAGGACCUGAGAUCACAUCUGGACCACUGUAUCGAAGCCCUGAGGUUGAACCUAAUGUGCGAAGCCGACAUUGGCGUCUUCACGUUCAAAAUGUACCCAGAUCUCCCUCUCGAAGGCCACUGGCCCGAUUUCAGCACGCUGCACACCUGCCGCAACUUCAACGACGUCCGCGACUGGGCGCUGACCCAUUCCGUCACGUUUGAGAACGAAGAAUAG